CAGCAUCCGGUCAUCAUAAUUCGCCCUCGUACCGUAUUAUGGAUAAGGCCCAAAAACAGACACCCUGUAUAUCGGGAGGAACCCCGGCGCAUCCGCAGAAUCAGCCCCUCGCCGUCGGCGUCGGCGGUGCGGCGGCGUCGUGACGCCGGCGCAGACGGCCGGAUCAAUCCCGCGUUCGCUUUCCUUCGCACUUCCCGAGCCUCGGACAAGCCUCGACGUGGUCGAAGUCGCGGGGGUGCGAGCGAGAACGAGCGCGAGGAACGGAAGACGCGGGGGUGUCGACGACGACGACGACGACGACGACGACGGCGACAAACGUCGGUGCGCCGCCGCGCGUUUCCUCGAGACCGUCGUAUGCCAUCCUUACGAUGUGACGGGUCACGGAGAAGAGGCUCUUUCUCUACCGUCGAGAACAACGCUCUUUCCGCGCCGGUUAAAAAAAUAUAUAUUCGGAACAUGACGACGUGAACGCCGACGAGGUGGGCGGCCGUCAAUCCCCGUGAGAGAGAUCGAUCGACGACCGGCUGGGUGACAUUGGCCCGCUAGCAGCACCAUGGAGUACCGGUGCGGCAGCACGAGAUGCGAGGACGACUCGCUGGAGAACGAGAAGGGCACCGGCGUUGCGGGCGACUUACGGGGCUCUUCGAAGCGCAGCUCGUCGCACACGCGCGGCACCGCCAUGUCUUUCGGCUUCCGGCGACGACCCACCAGCGGCAUCCCGAUGCCGAUAACGAACUACGCCGCCGCCGGCACCGAGAAGAGCCUGCUGCAUCCACGAUCGAAAUCAGCUGGCCCGGAGCAGGAUCGGCGACGGGCGAUGGACGACGACGGUAACCACGUGAUUCAUAACUCGUCGUCCGGCCGUUCGACGCCGCGACUGGCGCCGCCAAAGAAGGAUUCGACUGGCAUCGGCGUCAGGACAAAUCGCUUCGGCUACCGGCAGCCGCAGCCGAGAUUCACGAACAAGGUCGGCGAUAUCUGCAACAGCCACAACAUCAGCCACUACAAUCAAGAGAAACUGCAGCAGCACCAGCAACAGCAACCGCAACAGGACAACUACUUCGUCAAGCAACAACCGAACAGGGUCGUGCAUGCUGCACCGCAGCAACAUCUAUGCAACACGACGACGCCGGCAAAGUCUCGCUUAUUGCCGGCGAACAACGCGGCUUACAGCGGCGGCAAUUCAAUGCAGCAAUACGCGGACGCGAACAGAAGAGUGUCGAGCAUUCCGGAACCGAUCAGCAGGUACACUCUGCACACCAGUCAUCUGCCGUUGCCGCAAUACGCCGUGCGGGUGAACGACUCGAACUCCAAGAUCGCCAAGACGGUGGCGAACCAGAGCAGGAAGAUAUCCACGUCGACGUUGAAGGGCUCGGGCAGUUCGAAGGAGGGCUCCAUGACUGAGGACUCGGGCGUCAGCAGUCAGCCGGCCGGUCCGGAGGAUGAGAGGUUCAGAUCGGCGGACUACGCGGACGAGAGCUCGUUAAGAAGACGCGGCGUUGGCCGACCUCGGAAUCUGCGUAUGGUCGUGAACGGCAAGAGUUUCGAUGUCCGCGAUGUUCGCGAUGACGACAGCACGGUCACGGAGAUCUCCGUGAUCCCGCUGCCAAAAUCAUUCGCAAGCGCCGCGGCCAGUCUGAACACUGGCUUUGUACGAGAACGAGCCACGCAGUACCAGCGGAUCAUGAACAAGGAUAAUCGUUACACGGACUCAACCGCGUCUAUGUCCACCACGUCCUCGGAGGGCUACGACGAGGGUUGUCUGAGCGAGGAGAAGGUUUACAAAGAUCGAUCGCGCACGGAGAAGAUUCCGUCCAUCAAGUCGGACUUUAGCCCACCUAGCUCAGACGAUCCCGAGUACGGUCACGGCGAGGCCAUGGCGGACGAGUACUCGUUGAGCUCCAGCGACGAAUGCCAGCGUUCUCACUCGAUCAUUGCCCAGCACGCGCCGGCAAUCGGCGCCGCCGCCGUCGCUGUCUCUGUGAAGAGCGGCGCGACGCCGAAGAACGCCCUGCGCUCGGUACUGCUCACUAUCGAGGAUCCGGCAUUCGCCGCCGCAGCUGCUAACACGACAACUCUCAUAGACGAUGAGACUUCACCGGUCGACAGUCUGUUUGACAGCCCCACCGCCAGCAUCACUCAGUCGGACGGCAAGCCCUCGAAGAAGGACGAGGAACAUCCGCACGAGCGUUCGGACAACACCCUCGAGGACGACAGUCCCGGCACGCCGACGAACGCCUCUAACUCGCUCAGCCUGUCCGAGGGUAGAGAGUUCUUCGACGAUGAGAUUGCGGAUCAGCCUGGAUUAAUCUUUGACGAUAACAACUCAAGAGGGAGGGCCGAGGUGCAGUCCGCCUUGGGGGGUCAAGUAAUAACCGAGAAUAGCCACACUCUGAUCGAGACGAGCUCUAAGAUGAAUGGUGCGCACAUGAAAGGUAUAUUGAACAGUCCCCGUCACGGACGACUGCAUCGAACGGGAAGCGUAGAUACUUUGUCGCCCUGCGAGUCCAUUGCCUCGGAUGAUUUAAUGUUGGAUUACGACGGUAGCGACGCGAGCUCGUAUGAGGAACAACAGCGAUUAAAUUCCAAUCCGGCGUUGCACGAGCUGGAUGACGCCACUAUAAUUUCCGAGCUGGAGGCUCAGGGCGAAGAAGUGAUGAGGCAGUGGAGUUCGCUGCUGAGCACCGCGCAUAUGCAGGAGGAGGCAAAUUCCGCCAACAACAAUUCCGUCAACAGCACACCGGGUAACAAUAACAACCAGACCACCACCGAAUCCGGAAUCGGAAGUGACAGGAUGUCAAGGCUGUUACGCAGCAGAUCCGGAACGGAGUCGCCGCGUUCGUUAGACAACAUGCGCAGCCGUCAAGUUUCUAGUCCUAUGAGAACGUCGGGAAGUGCAUCCUCGUGCGUCGAUUCCGGAGACGAGGCGAGCCUCAGGAUAGAUCGAGGAACGUACCAGUACAUGUUCCAGGACAUCGUCUCCAUAAAGACGAUGCUCCUGAAACUCAAGCGAGUCCUUCAGGAGUCAGGAGAGAACGAUUUCACGAGGGCGGAGACUCUCAACCCAUUCGAGAAUACAAAGAAUGGCCUCUUCUGUAACCUGAACGAGGGCGGUGGCGGCACUAUCGACGUAAGCACCUCACCGGGAAGCGGUGGUAGCAGCAUCGCCGACGAGCUGGCGGACUUGAAGAGGCAGGUGGUGUUUCUUCAGGGACAAGUGGAAGAUCGAGAUCGCACUAUACAAACGCGGGAUCGCACCAUCGAGCUACUUGAGGUAAAUAAUGAGCUCCAGGUAUCGAAGCUGCAAGGACCUAAGAACGGCGAUGCUCAAAGCUGCACCUUACCGAUGCGCAAUAACAACCUCUCCACUCUGGACAUGUGUAACGCCACUACGCAAACGGAGAAGACACGUCCAGUAUCGGCGGGGCCCUCGCUCCUACAGUCACUCCCACAGGAUGGUGUCAUGGGGCCUCUCGUUAGUUGGAGUGACUCGUUGGAUCGACAGCGACCCUCGCUGCUCUCCGAGUUUAAUUCCGUCGGGAGCCAUCGCAAGCCAACCGAACGUUUACCUCAUACGUUAAGACUCCGUCAGGAACGUACCCCGACACGUCGCGCCAACGCGCACGCGAGGAGACACUCGUCGGAGAGCGUGUCCGGCGUAUCCAUCAAGCCGAAGGACUGCACGAAAAUGCCGUGCGAUUCGAACGAAGCAGACAAAUGCGAAAGCAAGAUCGAAGGAAGCGCAGUCAAGUCUCUCAUUCCGAUGCCUAGAAAACUUCGGCUUUAACGUCACGACGGCGGUGCUCUCGCGACUACACUAUCUUCUCUAUGUAUAGCUUCAUUCGUUCCAGACGUCCGAAUCUUCGAAAGAUGGAGAAUUCCAAAAGAUGGAGAAUAAGACAGAUUAAUCACCGAUAAAUUCAUAUCGCGAAUAUUUAUAAUUAUUAUUUAUUUUGAUAUAGUAUUUUAUAUUAUUUUUAUUAUUUAUAUUAUUUUUCUUCUGAUAGAUUUUUUUCUAAAUUUACAAUUGUUUUUAUUCUUUUGUAAAUUGCAAUAACAACUUGAUGGAUUAUACGAUUUAUAAAGCGAUUUAAUUUAUUACAAUUAUUAGCUCGCAUCAGCGUUUUUGCUUCGCAUGCUUUGACCGAUUCGGACGUCCAAAAUACCACAAAAUGCUCUUUCGUACCUACUGUUUUUAAUUAUAAUUAGUUUUUUGCGCGCCACGAAGUUUACGUUCCUCACAAUGCGUAACGACGUUGUUACACUUGUUUAACAUAAAUUGCCGCUGUACUUAUGUGAUGUUGUGCGGAGAGUGUCGCGCGAAGUCAUCUAUUUCUGAGCGGAUAUUUCAGGCAGCAUAUAAUUCGUUGCGCGCGCGCGCGCGAGUACGGGUACACUUAUUUGUUAAUAUUAAAAUCUGAUUUCCUCGUUUAAACGUGAUCUCAAGUGCAAAAUUAGAGAUUAGCGAAUGAUCUGUAUCGCAAAGUCGCUGGGAGCUUUAUUUAUCCGGCAACCGGUUGAGUGGGACCUGCAAUAUCAAGAUAUUUAUUUCCUAUUACGUGCGCAAUUCUUCCUCACAUAACUUUAUCAAUAUCUGGAAAUCAAAAUUUUAAUUGCAAAAAUCUUUAAUUGUAAAAACUGUUUUGUAUGAUAUAAUUUAUUAAAAGAAAUACA